UCCAGCAAUCCACCCAUCGUCCUCUCGGUGCACGAGAGAGAGAGAGAGUACAAUGGACACGCCCCGGCCGGACCACUUGCGCGGCGCGGACGACGUCGCCCCAUGGGUCACCGGCAGCCAGAUAGCCCGGGACCUCAUGGCGCGCCGGCACGAGCCGUUCAACGCGCCGCGCCAGGACGAUGAGGACGGCAACCCUUUCGCGCUGCUGAGGGAGCUCCUCGACCGGAUGCGUGCAGCAGAAGCGCAAGCCGGCGACGCGUCGGGCGCCGUCGCCGUGAACGGUGCCACCCGAGAAGCAGCGUACGUCGUCGACGACGCGUACAGGAACGGCGGGUUCGGCGCCGUCCCGGCGUCGGGCGACGCGAUCGCGGGCCUGCAGGAGACGAGCGCCGGCGAGGCGAGGGAGCGAGCUUGCGCGGUGUGCAUGCAAGAUUUCGAGGAAGGGGGGGACAGGCUCAGGAGGCUGCCGUGCUCCCACUCGUUCCAUGAGCGCUGCAUCUUCGACUGGCUCCGGGUCAGCCGUGUCUGCCCGUUCUGCCGCCACCGGCUGCCCAUGGAACGGGAGUAGAGGCAUCCAUGGUAAGAUCAGCGAUGAGCGAGUAGUUUCUGCCGGAAUUGCGAGAAACGUUGGCUGAAGUGCUACUGUUUCUCAAUUUGCCCCUUUAUUUUCUGAACCUGGUUAAUAUAAUAAUGUCAUGUACUGCUAAAAAUAUAUUCCUUCCAUUUUUGCAAAAUUGUACAUGGACGACUUUUGUUCCUGCCUAUUUCAGACCAUGGAGUAUUCUUAUGGGCACCUGCAUAUAUUGAUCUGGAUGGGAUCCCCACAGAGCCAUACCUUUGAGUCGCUGACACAUGAGGCCCAUGAGUGCGAGGCGGGAAGCCGCGAUAUUCAAACAAGCUGUUGUCGGUUGUGGAAAAGAUGUAACAUGCAAAACACCGAUAUAUCGUGCAAAUAAGUUUGCCUAUUACUAUGUCCUGAUCCGAAAAUCCAACAAGCAACCGAUGGCUAGGAUUAGCUGAUUAGGGUUCCCCUCAAUCUUUUCACUAUAAUUUCUCUUUUGAUCUAUUUUUACCAAUCCGUUAUACGCAACAAGAAGAAAAUACAGCAAA